CCCCCUCUUUUUUAUAUAGAUUUUCUAGAAAAUCCUUCUCUUCUAAUAUGAAUACCCCUUCCCUCCGCCUAUUUAAACAACCAUCCCCUUCGUCUGUCUUCACCACUUCUGAGUUCGGAUCACUGCCACCGUGCGUCUCCUCACAUACACUCUCACUCUUCUCUCCUUCUGUCUCACUUAGCAUUCAUUGUCCAGCUCCCUCAAAAACCAUCCCCUUCGCUCUAUUGCUUCUCUUUUGCCAUUCUUCUAUCUCCAAUGGAGUUUUGUUUGGUCUCUAAGGAUAGCUGGUGGGUGUUCACUUUGCCAGCUUUUCUUGGAACUCAAAACCUGUUUGAUGGGUGGGUCUUGAUUUCUCUCAUCCUUGCUUUCGUGUCUGUUGGGCUUGUCACCUGGGCUUUCACCGUUGGCGGUGUUGCCUGGAAGAACGGGCGGCAUCGAAAGGGACGUGUUCCAAUCCCUGGAGCACGAGGCCUUCCCGUCUUCGGUAGCCUCUUCAGCUUAAGCCGUGGCCUGGCUCAUCGUACUCUAGCUUCCAUGGCUUCGAGCCUUGGCGCUACCCAACUCAUGGCCUUUAGUCUGGGUUCCGCUCCCGUAGUCGUUGCCUCCGAUCCACACACAGCACGGGAGAUCUUGACCUCCCCGUUCUUCGCUGACCGUCCCCUUAAGCAGUCUGCUAAGAAGCUAAUGUUCAGUCGAGCCAUAGGUUUCGCUCCUAACGGCACUUACUGGAGGCUUCUUAGGAGAAUUGCCUCGUCGCACCUCUUCUCCCCCAAGCGCAUUGCGGCCCACGAGCCAGGGCGUCAGGCGGACUGCUCUGCUAUGUUGAACGGCAUAGCCAAGGAGCAGUCUGUACGUGGGUCCGUGGCCUUGCGGAAGCAUCUUCAGUCUGCAGCGCUGAACAACAUAAUGGGAAGCGUGUUUGGGAAACGUUACGACGUGGAGCAAGAUAGCCAAGAGAUGAGUGAGCUCCGUGAGAUGGUCAAGGAAGGGUUCGAGCUCUUGGGUGCUUUUAACUGGUCUGACUAUCUGCCAUGGCUGAGCUACUUCUACGACCCUUUCCACAUUAACGAGCGAUGCUCUGCACUUGUUCCUCGAGUGAGGAAACUCGUUCGUGGGAUCAUCGAGGAGCACCGACUCCGUGGGUCUGGUAAGGCAUCCGACAAUGCCGAUUUCGUCAAUGUCCUGCUCUCUCUUGAUGGCGAAGAGAAGCUCGAAGAGGAUGACAUGGUUGCCGUUCUAUGGGAAAUGAUCUUCCGAGGCACUGACACGACUGCUCUUCUGACUGAGUGGGUCAUGGCCGAGUUGGUUCUGAACCCGAGUGUCCAAGCCAAACUUCAAAGCGAACUCGACCGUGUCGUAGGUGACAAAAGCGUCACAGAUGCAGACGUGGCAAACCUGCCCUACCUUCAAGCAGUGGUGAAGGAGAGCCUUCGCAUUCACCCACCAGGCCCGUUGCUCUCUUGGGCCAGGUUGUCCACGUCGGACGUGCAGAUGAGCAAUGGAAUGCUGAUCCCAGCCAACACCACUGCCAUGGUGAACAUGUGGGCCAUCACUCAUGACUCCAAAGUGUGGGAGGAGCCGCUGGUGUUCAAGCCAGAGAGGUUCAUGGAGAGCGAGGGUGGCAUAAACUUGGAUGUCCGAGGCAAUGACAUGAGGCUUGCACCGUUUGGGGGUGGGCGUAGGGUGUGCCCAGGGAAGAACCUAGGCCUGGUGACUGUGAGCCUGUGGGUGGCCAAGUUGGUGCACCAUUUCAAGUGGGUGGUGGACCCGGAGAACCCGGUUGACUUGAGCGAGGUGCUGAAGCUGUCCUGUGAGAUGAAAAACCCACUCUCUGCUGUGGCUGAUCCGAGGAAUUAAUGUUGUCAACUUCUAGGUCUAGGCAAAGGUCUUUCUUUAAUGUUAUCCUAUCUGCUGAUGAUAUACUAGGUUUUUUAUAUAUAUAUAUAUUUCAAAGUUGGCCUUAUGUGAGGGUCUAGGGUUUGAUGUGGUGUGGGAACUGUAUCUAGUAUACUGUUUUCCUUUUCUUUCACCUUUUGUAUUUUCUGUGCUUAAAAAUGAAGGCUUUUUAAGGAAUGUAGUUGUCUUUAUUCUGGUUCCCUAUA